GGGAAACGGGAGCCGCUGGGAAAACAUGUAACGGUGCAAGGUACGCCGCACCUUCCCUCCACAGCCCUAACAGAGACUCAAUUCACAAAAACAGACCAACUUUCUUCAGUCACGUUGAGACACAGGGUGGCCGGGGUGGUGGGGGAAGGCCGUGUCCCCCCAUCCUAAUCACGUCCCCCAACCAUGGACAAACAGGGCCCCGUCACUACACCAGGCAAAUCAAGUGGGCUAAAGCCUCCCAGUAAAAUAGCCCGUCCAUCUGCAGUACCAACUAGGACCUCACCGUCAUCUGGAGCUUCAAAGCCAGUUCCUCCUGAAAAGUCCUUGUCAGGUGUGACCUCCCCAACACAAGAUGUCCACACGGACUUUAAGAUUGGCGACAGGGUCUGGGUGAACGGCAGCAAGCCCGGCUACGUUCAGUUUGUCGGAGGCACGCAGUUUGCUCCCGGACAGUGGGCGGGCAUCGUCCUGGACGAGUCAAUCGGAAAGAACGACGGGUCGGUAGCGGGCGUGCGCUACUUCCAGUGUGAGAAUGGGCGGGGCAUUUUCACACGAUCUUCCAAGCUAUCCAGGACGCCGCUGCCGGAGAAGGAGGCCAACGGAGGGCAGGCCAGCCCGGUACAAGCAGCCCACGCAACAAGCAAGGCUACACCGGCUGUCGCUGCCCCUAGUGCUCCAGUCACCGGUGUAAAGGCCAGUGGUGUCCUGAACCGUACGGUUAAUUCCACCGAGUCUGUGUCCAACCUGUCUGACCCCGACUCCCUGAAGAAGAUCAGACAGGAGCUGAGGCUGGGAGACCGCGUUUUGGUUGGUGGAACAAAGGCGGGAGUGGUGCGGUUUCUAGGAGAAACAGACUUCGCGAAGGGAGAGUGGUGUGGCGUGGAGCUGGACGAACCUCUGGGCAAGAAUGACGGAGCUGUAGCUGGGACCAGGUAUUUUCAGUGCUUGUCCAGGUAUGGCCUGUUUGCGCCCGUCCAUAAGGUGACACGGAUUGGCUUCCCCUGCACCACACCCACCAAGGCGAAGAACUCCCUCAGGACUUCCACUUUCAAGAGGAGUCCGAGCGCGUCCUCCGUCAGCUCCCUCAGCUCGGCAACCUCCUCCAUCAGCGGCAAACCCAGCCGGGCGGGACUGCUGACAGAAACAUCUGUGCGGUACGCUCGCAAGAUUUCGAGCACCACGGCGCUGCAGGAGGCCCUGAAGGAGAAGCAGCAGCACAUUGAACAGCUGCUGGCAGAGAGGGACCUGGAGAGGUGCGAGGUCGCCAAGGCAACCAGCCGCGCCGGAGAGGUGGUGCAGGAGCUGGCUAUGCUGAGGAAAGGGCGGGAUCAGUACGCACUGGAGAUGGAGGCCAAGCUGGAUCAGUUGCGUUCUAUGGUGGAGGCCGCUGAUCGAGACAAGGUGGAGCUACUCAACCAACUAGAGGAGGAGAAGAGGAAAGUGGAGGACCUGCAGUUUCGUGUAGAGGAGGCAUGCAUCACCAAAGGAGACCUCGAGACGCAGACCAGGCUGGAGCAUGCCCACAUAAAGGAGCUUGAGCAGAGCCUGCUCUUUGAAAAGACCAAAGCUGAAAAACUCCAGAGGGAUUUAGAGGACACUAGGGUUGCCACGGUGUCUGAGCGCUCCAGGAUCAUGGAGCUGGAGAGGGAGGUGGCGGACUUCAAGCUCAGACUGCGGGCGUCCCAGCAGAAGGAGGAUGCCGUGUCUCUGUCGCAGCUGCAGGUUGGCAGUCUCAACACCCAGGUUAAGUGCCAGGAGAAGCAGAUCAGUGAGCUGAGCGUCGACCUGGAGCGCAAACAGAAGGAGCUUCAGUCUGCGCUGCAAGACAGGACGUCUUUACAGCAGCAGCUGUCCAGUCUGAGAUGCAAGCUGGAGGUUGCUGAGGAGGAGAACAGGGCCAUAGCAAAGACCAUGAAAGAGCUGGAGAACACCGUGGAGCAGUCAAAGAAGGACUUCCAAACCCAGAGCAGAGAAAUGGAGCUGAAGUCCCAGCUGACAAAGACUACGGAGAAGCUGGACAGAACGAACGUGUCCUUAGUGCAGAUGACUAUAGAGAAGAAAGCUCUGGAGUCGCAGCUCGACACUUUGAAACAUCAGAACUCCAAAUACCAGGAGGAGCUGAGCCUGUCGAAGGAGCGCAGCGGCGCCGAGAGCCUGCGGAUCGGCAUCCUCUGCAAGGAAAUCAAGGAGCUGAAGCUGGCCUCCCAGAAGUCUCAGCGCCUGGACGAGCGCAAUGUGGACCGCAACGGUCAACAGCCAGACAUGAAGACCAGAGAAGCUCUUUCAAAUCAAGACAAGAAGGGAGAUGCGGCUCUUCAGAAAUCCACGGGAGCUUUAAUCUCAGACAAAGACAGAGAACUGGAAACUCUGAGGAGCGAGAUUGCCAUGCUGCGCGGAGAGAACGCCAUGGCCAAGACGCUGCAGUCGGCUGUGGAGACGUUGGAGAAGGACAAAGCUCAGCUGCAGAGUCGAGUUUGCACUCUAGAACAAAGGCUGAUGGGAAGCCAAACCUCAGACUCUGAGGGCAAGGAGGCUCCCCCAUCAGGCGAUCCUGUCCUGCAGCAGCUGAGAGAAGAGAAAGAGUUCGCUGAGGGACAGAUCAACUUCCUGAACAGCGUGAUCGUGGACCUGCAGAGGAAGAACGAGGAGCUGAAGAUCAAGUUGAAGAAGCUGGUCUUGUCGGAGUUCAACGGAAACGACGGCACAGACGGGUUCGAGGAAGCGGUACCAAAGCGUAAAAAGAAGUCGGCUCCUCGACUGUUCUGCGACAUCUGCGACUGCUUCGACCUCCACGACACGGAGGACUGCCCCACGCAGGCGCAGAGCCCCGACUCCGUACCUCACACCGCCUACCACGGCAACCCGGCCGACGAGCGGCCCUACUGCGACAUCUGCGAGGUCUUCGGCCACGCCACCGAGUCGUGUAACGACGACCAGACUUUCUGAGGCGCUGCUCUGCCGCCGCCGCCGCCCUCCCGCUCCUUCGCCUGAUUGCAUUUCUUUCGCUCCUGCUCCAAUAAAUUCCUCAGAUUAUUUCCAUAAUGUAUUUUUAUACCGUGUUGAUGCGUAGAGCUGCGAUCGACUCUCCUGACGUAACCCGUUUGGUCCUCUGAAAGACGGGGUUCUGAUUGCGAUGCAGAAUACGCUUCGUCGGUGCAAUAUUGAUGUUUUUAUCAAAUGAAAUUCGCUUUCUGCACUCGUUUUUUGUUGUUGUUGUUUUUUUUUUUUUUUUACAUGUUUAGACGUUUUUGGGUUUUUUUACUAAGUGAAAGUGAUUUUCCACGUGUCGUUUCUAGGCUUUUGUUUUCGGCAACAAGGUGAUGCAACUUAAUGGCGCACAGUUGAAACUGAAGGGAAACAAAGAUCUGCACUGUUUCCGUUAACUAAUCAGCAGCACUGCCACAUGACGCAUAAAAUAAACGAUUUAUGCUCGGUUUUUGUAGUUAACGUCUUGGUCCGGUUUAAACGAGGGUGAGUCGAGCCUAUUUUUUCUCAUCUGCAAUAAACACGAUACAUAAGAGCGUAUAAAACACUCCUUGAAACACGUGAGGAAAAACUUUCAUUAAAAAAUAAAAUCUAACAAAUGUAACAUUAAAAGUUGAAAUGUGGAUAUUUUGUUUCAAGAGAGCAGCAGCAAAUCGGUGUAAAAAUCUUAAAUAGGAAUAUCUAAUUUUUCUUACAAGAAGACAAUAAUUGGAGCACAAAGGGAAAGUCGACAACAUUUAUGGAGAAGAGGAAACCAGAUUCAUAAAUUCAUACGCUGUUGUCAAUUUGGAAGAAUAUUCUUACAACUUCUCCGCAUUUUGUUACGUUAUAACCACAAACGUUAAUGUUCUUUAGCAAACCUCUGGCCCUCAGGAGCUUUAUUUAUGCUGAGGCUCAGUAACACACAGAUGGACUCUAUUCUCGUAUCAGCGAAUCUCUUGGACUGGAUUUUAUUUUGGGGCAUCGGAGCGAUCGAGGCUGAAUACGAAACUAUUUGUAAAUAUUUGCCUUUUCACAUGUAAAGACAAUUUGCUGCAGUGAAUUUUAUUCUGGGGCGUUAAAGUGAAGAGAUUUGAAUACAAAUAUAGAUUUCUACUAUAAGAAUAAGAAAUGUCGGUUUUUGUUCCAGGUCUUUUUUUCUUGUUUUUUGCUCCAUUUCAUAAAAUCCCAAUAAAAUAUGAUAAGAUUUGUGGUUAUAACAUCAGAACAUGUGAGGAAUAUGAAUUAAUUUGCAAGACUUCAGCUCACAAAUCAGGCUUCGUAAUGAUGCUUAUCUUGAAACAUUUUCCUAUUCUGGAAAUAUUACAACUUUAUCCACUAAAUAUACCUUCAUAGCACAUAUUUUGAUCAAAAUAUCAGCGAUCCUCUAUGUAUCCUCUGAGCACAGAUUUAUUAUUUAACCAUUUUUAUUUCGGAAGCUAUGACUUAUUACGAUUUAAAUUCUAUAUUUUUUUUUAUUAACGGCUGCGUAUUUUUUUUUCGCAAUGUUACAACGUGUUUAUAAAAACAUACCAACUUUUUGAAACGCUUGUAGUUUGACCGACGUCGGCACCGAAUGGUACCUGAUGGAAACGAUGGGUGAUGUUCUUCUCUUGGCCUGUAGAAAGUAGAUGCAGAACGCAUUUGGGUGGGGAAAAAAAAACUUAACCGACGACUUUACAUUUAAUGCUUUACAUUUCUGCGACAGCUUUAAGGGGAGCUUUUUGUCGGAGCUUGCUUUAAGGUUAAGAUUUCAACCCUCUAGUCCGACACGCGUCUCCUCAGCUUCUUGUCUUCUAGGCCAGGGAGGAACAUGUCUGCGUUUUCGCCUUCCUGCCCGCUGCCGGUGAAAGUGACGGGAGGUUUGAUGAAGUUACGUUUUCUUAUUUGUCUCCUGAUGUUUUGAAAGCCAGCGACCGUUCUUACAGGGAAAUAAGCUAGCACUGGUGAAGUUUAACGCCUGCAGUAGGACUACUGUAGUACAGGAGACGGACGUGGCGUCCAGCCUGGUGUUGCACUCUCCACUUUAAAGAUUUGGUGUUUAAGCAGGCUGUGGUCUGCAGUUGUGACAUUUUUUGUUUUUGUUUUUGGGAAUACUGCUCUCCAAAGCUAAGAGUCGACAUUUAGGUUGUAACGCUUAUUCACUUUCAGAACUAGAAGAAAAUUCAAGACAUUCUGUUCGUCCUGUUGUGAUUUGUAGAUUUCCGUAUUUCGACGUUGCCCUUAAAGCUACAGUAUGUAACUUUAUAUAUAAAAAUCAGUUUUUUUACAUGUUUGGUAAAACUGUCACUAUGUCCUGACUGUAUGGUAUGAGACAGAUCAUCUGCCGUCUCAUCCAACUUCUUUCUAAGCUAUUAUAGCGAUCUCCAAAAAUGCACAGCUCCCGGUCAAAAACAACCAGAGCCAGUAGGAGUGUCUUAACGCUGUCAAUCAAAUUCCUGUACUCGCUGCUAAAUGCGCUAAUGGUGCGUUCACACCCAACGCGUUUUGAGCGUCAGACGCGUCUGGUUUACAUUCAAAGUCUCCGUGGAGCGUCGGGCGUGUUGGGUGCGCUCGACGCGUCAAACGCUCCAAGCUGUUCAAAUGCCGCCUCCACACAGACUUUUAAUGUUACCCAGAUGAGCCUGAUGCUCAAAACGCGUUUGGUGUGAACGCACCACAGUGGCAGAGAAAGAGCUCACCGUUACAGGAAACGUUUUAUCAGCCAUCUUUGGCGGCCAUGUUAACUAGCCUUAGCAUUCAUGGCGGGCAGACGCUGUAGUGUAGCAAAGAUUAAGGAGGGGAGUGUGAACGGUGCAUAUGCGAGCAUGAUUGACAGCGCUAACACCCUCCUCCUGGUCCUGAUUGGUUGUUUCUGACCGAGCGGUGUAUUUCUGUAGUUAGUACUAGAAGGCAGAAGUGUUCUUUUUUUUUUUUUUUUACAGAUUAUCUGUUGGGUUUUUUUAAUAGUGAUAGUUUUAACAAAUAUGUAAAUGUGUAAUUCUUAUAAAAUUCACAUACUGGAGCUUUAAUGCUUUUUGUCUUGCCUCAGCUAAUCACAGACACCUAUGAUGAUUUAAUUGAAAUAAUGCUCCAUGAACAUGAUGGUUAGAGACGGUGUGUGUAUGUUGGAACUGAAAUUGUAAUGUUUUUUAAUUAAGUAGUACAUAUAUAAAUAAUUUAGCUAAAAUAGAAUGGGAUUAAUACCCAACAAGCAUUUAUUUAGUUAAAAAUACACCUAAGCAAUAUCUAAAUGCUCCUGGCCAUAUGCAUAUGGCCCAUACAUAUGUAGACUAAAAUUGGUAUGUAUUUGAUCUAGAAUUGAAAAUUUUCUAUGUCUAAUUUCGGUUUUUCGAUAUUUAUCAGGAGUCUAAAUGUAGACUUGUUUGAGCCUAGAUUAACAAGCAAAAAAACCUUUAAACAUGUGCUACACAAAAGCACAAAUGCAAAUAAUACGAUUGUUUAUGUGUACCGCUCAUAGUUUUGUUGUCGCUGUAAAAUGUCCUUUUCUUAAAAAAAGUCCAAAUCAUGAUGGUUUUAUGAGCAGCUUGAUGACAGAGGGGCUGUUUGAGACUUUGUGGUUCUGGUUGGAAAUGAAGGUGGAUGAGGAGCUGCAGGUAUUUUCCUUCCAUUAAAAUUUACCCAGAAAGCAUCUUCUGUUCAUUUUGACAUUCCAGAUAAAAGUGUGUGUUGCUCCCAUCCACCAGCACAGUAGAAAUUUGGAAAGUUGUCAUAUUUACCACAAAUGCUCAACAAAAAUAGUCUUUUUAUGAACAUAAAAGAAAGUAUCAAAAGUGGAACAGUUAGCCUUUGUUUUUCCUAAGCAUGCUUUUGUCUUUUUUAUUUUGCUUUAUGUCAUGUUUAUAUUUAUUUUCCAGUUAUAAAUAUUGGCAUCAUAAACGAGCUUUAGCUUUGGAGUUCAAUAUUCACUCUGUGCUCUAGCUGAGCAAAAGCUAACAAGCUGCUAGCUUGAGCUUUUUGUUGAAGGCUUCACGUGCACAUGCAGAUUUUCUAAGGUGGAAUUUAAUUUUCUUAAAUUAAACUCCUGUAGCAACCACCUUUGGACAUGUUUUGUUCUAAAGCACAAAUUUUUUGGAUCAUAUUGAACCUUCCCGUGUAAAAGUGAUGCAGCGAACUGUUGGCACUAGUCUCUGUAAAUACUAAUCAGAGGUUUCCUUCUGACGCAUGUGUACACGGUGCCAUAAAACAGAAAUACAGCUUUUAACGUGUGCUGCAUUUUUAUUUUUCUGCCAGUUAAGAAAACUGAAAGUCUAGAGGUUUACACUCCCAGUGGGAAAACGGUUUGUAGAAAACUAUGCGUUGUGUACUUUUCAAGUAAUGACUCUAAUUGUUGGUGUAAUGUUUUAUAUAUGUAACAUCUGCACAGACAAGUAUUUUACAGACGUGGAUAUGAUGUAAAAUGUCACUGUUUUCUAUGUACUGUAUAUUCCUGAACGGUCCAAUAGAAAUUCUACGACGGGU